AUGGAGCACUGGAUGAUGAUGUGUGAGAGUCACUGCGUGGGGUGCACUGGUCUACACUGGUGUACACAUGGGGCACUAGCACUGGGUGGCGGACGCGACGACGACGACGGCAAAGAGCGAGCGGCGGCUUUGGUGCUGGUGGCGCGGAUGCUGCUGGUAGCGACGAUGAGAAAGGAGCAUAGCACGACGACGGUAGCGGAGAAGACGAGGCCCAAGCAACAACAUUUGCCGGUUGCGCUGCCGUUGCAUACAAAUUUCGCCCAAGUUUUAGAGUGUCCGCUGGAAGUGGGGAUGGCAGACGGUCGCCGGCGACCUCAUGGUUCGUUCGUUUCGCUGCGAUCUCGCGAGAUGAAGCGGCCGCGCGCUGUUGCCGUCUCCGCUGCUGUCUGGCUGCACACCAACCACCCCGCGCCGCCGUUCCUUCUCUUUCUAUGCACGUGCAUCUAUGCGCCGGCUUGCUGCACCCGAAUCAAUAUCACACAUUAUCACAAAAAACUGACCCGACUUGGAGCGGGGCUUUGCACCUUGCCCGCCACCAACGCCGCCGCCGCCCGCCUCUCCCCCGACCACCCCUCCGUCCGACUACCACCAACGUGCCACACAGUGGAUCCUUCAUCCUACCACCUUACAACAUGCAUUACCAACCCUCCAUUACCGUUUUUCUUUGUCAAUCCCUCCUUUAAUUACUACAAUUAUUCAUAUUAUUAUCACCUCUUUGUUGCUGUUUUAACAUUUUUGUUUUUUCAAUAA